GACACAUUGAACAACACACGACACACACACAAAAGAAGAACGCAAGAAAUUUUUAGCUUUCGAAAAUAUUUAAAGUUUUUAAUUUUUCUAAAUAACUAAAGAAUUUAAAAUGGUGUUUGUUAAAAACUGGGAAGAUUUCGAAAUUGCUGCCGAAAAUAUGUACAUGGCCAAUCCAAUGGGAUGCCGCUACACCAUGAAAUAUGUGCAUACAAAGGGACACAUACUCAUGAAAAUGACGGACAAUGUUAAAUGCAUACAAUAUAAAGCUGAAAACAUGCCCGAUUUAAAGAAAAUUGAAAAAUUCACCAGUAAUCUUAUGGGUCAUAUGGCUUCUAAGGAAUAGAACAGGAUUCCUAGCCUAAAACCUAACAACAAUAUUCCUCAACAAACAACCAUCUUACAUCUAAACAAACUAGGAAAAAUGUGUUAACGUGUUAAGUCAUCUUUUAAGUCCAGUGUAAAAAGAACAGAUUUAGUUUAAGGCAUAUUAAUUAAAGCCGAUCAAAUGGUUUCAGAGUAAUUGUAAAUAUUCAUAGUUUAAAUAACAUUUUUGUAAAAAGAAUUUUCAAAAAAAUGUUAGCUUUGUUAACCAUUUUAUUAAAUCGUGUUCGGAAACACUUGGAAAGGAUAGCGUCAACUGCAGCAAUAAGGAAAUGUUUAUAAUUUUAUUUUAAAGUUUUUUUAUAUUGUUUUUAAGAAGGCAUUUUUCUUAUUUUUUAUUUAAAGCUUAAUUUUUAAUGAAACAUUUCCAUGAAAUGUGCUCUUUUUUUUGUAUUCAGUUUUUUUAUAA